AUGGCUGCAGUCGAAAUCAAGACACCGGUAGUCACCCAGACCGCGCUUCCGAUCCACGUACACGAUCCAGCUCAAGUCCCAGCUUCGAGUCCGGCUGUGUCAAUCGAGACGAACAGUAAAAGUACAACCAGACCAGCAUUCCAGAUUGAAGAACACCCUAUCGACCAAGUCCGACCGAUCAAGGUCGGGGUAAUCGGUGGCGGACUGUCAGGUAUCACGGCAGGCAUUUUACUCCCUGUAAAGCUGCCGGGGCUGGACCUACGGAUCUAUGAUAAAAAUGCGGAUCUUGGAGGGACGUGGUUUGAGAAUACAUACCCUGGUGUGAGGUGCGAUAUCCCAGCGCACGUCUACCAGUCGAAUUUCGAGCCAAACACCAAGUGGACGGAGGAGUUUGCACAAGGACACGAGAUCAGAGAGUACUGGCAGGGUGUUGCGCGCAAAUACAAUGUCUACCAGUACGUUCGGGCGCAGCAUAGAGUCGAAAGGGCCGAGUGGUUUGGCGACAAGGGUAAGUGGAAGGUCACUGUACGCGAUUUGAAGGAGGACAAGGGCCAGCUCUACGAAGAAGAACUCGACAUCCUCCUGAAUGCCAUCGGCCACUUCAACGCCUGGAAACUCCCUGACUACCCGGGCAUUAACACCUUCAAAGGGCCUCUCUUCCACUCGUCUAACUGGGACCACUCUGUAGACCUCAAGGGUAAACGCGUGGCCCUGAUUGGAAACGGCGCAUCGGGGCUGCAAGUUCUCCCCUCCAUCCAACCCAUCGCCGCCCACGUCGACCACUACGCGCGCAACCGCACCUGGAUCGCCGACUCGUUUGGAUCUGUGGGCGUACGGCGCCUCGAACCAAAUAUCAUUCCGCAGGAGCAAAUCGACUCCUUCAAUGACCCGGACACGUACCUGAAGUACCGCAAGUCCAUCGAGCAGGGCUAUUUCAGUCGGUUUGGAGCGAUCUUCCGCAACUCGCCCAUUAACAUCAACUUGCGCGAGACAUGGACAAAGCUCAUGCUCUCGCGAAUCAAAGACAAGCCAGAGCUGGCCGAUAAGAUCAUCCCUGACUUCCCGCCCAACUGCCGCCGUCCCACUCCGGGGCCGGGCUAUCUGGAAGCGCUGACGAAGAACAACGUCGAGUACAUCCAGACGCACAUCUCCCACUUCACAGAGACCGGCAUCGUCACAAAAGACGGCGUCGAACGCUCCGUUGACGUGGUGAUCUGCUCUACCGGCGCCAACGUCGAUCACUGCCCGCCCUUCAGCAUCAUCGCCAACGGCCUCGAUCUGAAGACAGCCUGGAGGCACGACGGCCAUUUCGGAUUUCCAUAUAACUAUCUCGGCGUCGCGACGCCGGGGUUCCCGAACCUCCUCUGGAUCGGCGGUCCCAAUGCCACCGGCCAUGGCGGCAGCGUGCCCAAUAGCAUCGAGAACCAGAUCGUCUAUAUCGCGAAGAUCAUCCGCAAAUUCCGAUCGCAAGGGAUCAAAUCGUUUGCUCCGUCAAAAGCGGCCACCGACGACUUUAUCGAGUACAGCGACAAUUUCUUUCCGCGGACAGUUUGGACAGAAAACUGCUCCUCUUGGUAUAAUGGCGGACGACCGGGAGCAAGGAUCCACGGCCUGUUUCCCGCCAGUGCGGCGAGCCUGAAUUACAUCCGUCGCGACCCGAGAUGGGAGGACUUUGAAUAUGAGUAUACUAAUCCCAGUGGGAACCGAUUUGCCUGGAUUGGAAAUGGCUGGACGAGGAGAGAGAUGGAGGAGGCGGAGGAUCUGACGCCGCAUCUAAAGAAGCCCCAGGACAUUGACUUGAGGACGUAUCUAGAGACGUGGGUAGAUGUCUAA